AGAAGAGGUGUGAAUAGAUAUCCUGGCAUUGUAAAGAAUCUGCGUUUUCUCUGGCUGGGCUUCAGAGCGGGCAGACCAAACUGCUGAAGAUGGCAGCUGCCAUGUUGGAAGCUGAGAAGGAGGAGAAGAGGGUAGAGAGGGAAAACACCCUAAACGAGAGAGUUCCCCCUCUCCAGCUCUCAGGCCUCUCUGUACAGGAUCUCCAGGCUCUUUGUAAAGACAUGCACCGUAAGAUCGAUGCGGUGGACGAAGAAAGAUAUGAUGUCGCCGCAAAAGUGGCAAAACAUGACACGGAGAUUCAGCACCUGUCCCAGAAGAUCUUUGAGCUGAAGGGUAAGAUGAAGAGGCCUGUGCUGAAGAGGGUGAGGAUUUCGGCUGAAGCCAUGCUGGGCGCUCUCCUGGGCUCCAGGCAGAAGGAGUCCUUCGACUUCAAGGCCAACCUCAAGACCGUGAAGAAGGAGGAGGAGAAGAAGGAGGAGGUGACAGACUGGCGUAAGAACGUGGAGGCCAUGUCUGGCAUGGAGGGGAGGAAGAAGCUGUUUGAUGCCGCACAGUAAAGAAAAGU